GAUACAAAUGCAUUUUUUUGUUUGUUGGUUGAAGAAUUUGCUGUUUUCUUUGUAAUCAAUUUGUGGGCAUUGACUACAAACUACGCAAUUACGAUAAAAUGGAAAAACCAUCUGUGACUGAGCAGCCUCCACCUUAUUCAGCGACCGUUCCACCAGGUCCCUCACCACAGCCUGGCGUGCCUCCCGGAGGUCCAUAUCCUCCCCCUCCCCCCGGCUACACCCCAUACGGGACCGCGCCACCGCCACCCCCGGGCCCAGCGUUUGUGCCCAACUACGGAGCAACCAGCACCAUCAUCAUUCAACCGCCCAUCAUCGCCGUCGGCGCCUGCCCUGCCUGCCGCGUCGGAAUCCUAGAAGACGACUUCACGUGUCUAGGUAUACUCUGCGCGAUUCUGUUCUUCCCGCUAGGCAUUCUUUGCUGUCUCGCCCUCAAGAAUAGGAGAUGCUCGAAUUGCGGUGCUAUGUUUGGUUAAUUCAUCUGAUGAUUAUUACUUAUUAGCCUUGGCGCAGACUACCGAUUUUUUAUCGGCGGAUAGUUUAGGCAGUUAAUCAGUAUGGGCAUGUAUGGAAGUGCGCACGCACCGAUUGAAUCUUCAUAGAAAUUACAAUCGGGCCCAACUAUCACGACUAAAAAUCGGUGGUCUGCGCCAAGGCUUAAACUAAGAAUAUAAUCCAAAACAUAAAAAGCAUUGAAAUCUGAUUUGAAGACUUGUGAAACGUAAUGAUAUUUACUGUGAUCAAAAUUGGUAUUCGGAAUUGAAUAUUCAAGCAACUGGAGCCAAUUAUCUGCUAUAGUUGCUUUAUAAAUUAUCUUCUCACUUAUAUUCCUAUUUGAUUGGGAAAUAUUUGAUGAUUGUAAGAAAUUGCUUAUAUUGACUUCUUUUUGGUCUGUCCUAAAAUUUUUAACAUUGUGGUCUAUUAAACAUUUAAUCAUCAGGGUUUUUGAUUGAGUUAAUUUACCAUUAAUCUGGCUUAAACGUGAAUAUUCCAUCUUAGUUUUAAUGUAGUUGAGUGACAGAAUUUAAAAUAAAAUGAUUUUAUAAUUAUUAUUCAUUAGUAAAUGAUAUGUUAUAAUACCUAUCUAUAUUACAUAUGUUUGAUAUUAGCAUAAGUGAUACAUAUUUGUUAUUUUAAGAUAAAUGAUGGAACUACAUACUUCAAUUUAUUAGUCUGUCCAUAUUAGAAACUAGUUAUUUUAUACUACUUACCUUUAUUGCCAUUGUCUUAUAUGCGUAGUUAUUAUUACUGUCAAUUUUACCAAAUUAUGUUGACAAGUAUGCCAUAUUUUGGCCAUAAUGUUAUUUAUACAGGGUGUUAGGUAAAUGGGUAUAUGAGCUGACACUAGCCCAUGUUAACAUGGUCAUAUAAAUGGUAUGGUGAAGUCAGAAAUUUGAUUUAAUCAUUUAAUUUUUUUAAAUUUUCAUACAAAAAAAAAUUAUAAGUUCCGAUUUGUAUGAAAAUUAAAAUAAUUAAAAUGAAGAUAUCAAUUUUCUGAGUUCACCAUACCAUUUAUAUGACCAUGUUAACAUGGGUUAGUGUCGGCUCAUAUACCCAUUUACCUAACACCCUGUAUAUGUAUUAUUUGUUGAGCAAUAUUUAUUUGGAACUAUGUUAUCCAGACAUAUUUACUACAUUUUAUAUUGAUCUUGUUUUGGGCAUAAUGGCUGGUCCAGAUUAAUCGAGAUUUCUCUUUUCGUAGAGUUUUAACUAAAAUUUUGGUUUCACUAUUCAGUCCUUAACUUACCUAAAAUUUAAUUUGCUUUAAUGGCCACACAAAUAAUCGCAAACCUCGAAAUUAAUUAAUUACACUACGCGGCACUCUCAGCGCUGACUAAGCGACUCUUUCUGUGGCCAUUAAUGUAGGUUAUCUUAAAAUUUUUGCACACGUAAUUCUUAAAUACUUUAGUUCUACUUAGAAUUUUAUUUUUAUCUAUAGUACCUACUUAUUCACACACAGGUAUAAGUUAAUUGUUUUGUUUAACUAUACAUUCUGUCUUUGUAGACUUCUGUAGCUCUAGCACGAAAAACUUUCGACUUCGAAUCGUUUGCGUAUUCGAAUUGCCAUCAAAAAGUUCAGUAUGAAAACAGUGCCCCUGUGAACGUGAUGUAAAGUGAACUUAGUAUUAGAAAUGGUAGCACGAAACUUAUUUUGACAAUCUACAUCGUCACGUUAUCGUUGAAUUUGACGGCUGAGGAUCGAAUUUUGUCGAAUUCGUAAACGAUUCGAAGACGAGUUUUUCGUGAUAGAAGUACUGAUAUUAGUAUCGAACAUAAAAUUGCCUCCGCCAUGGUUGCGUCACAUAGAAACGAAAGUUAUGGGCGGUUAACUAUGGUGUGUUAUGGCCAAACCUAACCAGGCAAAGACAUGCAUUUAGAAGAAGAAUUUUAUGAAAAAGACAUAAGAGAAUUACAAUUUAGUGCCUCUUUGUUGGCAUUUAGGACACAAAUAAUUUAACGUGUUUAUUGUUUUUUAUAAAGAUUAGUUAGGUAGGUUAGACUGAAAUAUAAAUUAUACAUUACAGCCAAAAAUGCCUUUCACUAGACGUUACACAUAUUAUGGUUAAAAAUUAGCGGUAAGUAUAUGUUAUAUUAUAAGUGCAACUAAGUAUGUAAUUUGUUUAUAUUUUUAAAAAUAAACUUGGGAUUAAAUCGC